AUGGCAGAUCAACUCACAGACGAUCAGAUCUCUGAGUUCAAGGAAGCCUUCAGCUUGUUCGACAAGGACGGAGAUGGUUGCAUCACAACCAAGGAGCUUGGAACUGUUAUGCGGUCAUUGGGGCAAAACCCAACUGAGGCAGAGCUCCAGGACAUGAUUAAUGAAGUAGAUGCUGAUGGGAAUGGUACUAUUGACUUCCCUGAGUUUCUUAACCUCAUGGCAAGGAAAAUGAAGGACACUGACUCUGAGGAGGAGCUGAAAGAAGCGUUUCGGGUUUUUGACAAGGAUCAAAAUGGUUUCAUUUCUGCUGCUGAGCUUCGCCAUGUGAUGACCAACCUUGGUGAGAAGCUCACGGAUGAAGAGGUUGAUGAGAUGAUUCGAGAAGCUGAUGUUGAUGGUGACGGCCAAAUAAACUAUGAGGAAUUCGUUAAGGUGAUGAUGGCCAAGUGAUUUCUCUAAGUUGAGGGGGACAAUGUUUACUUGUAUAACAGUGCUUUGUAGUAGUCAUUGACCUUUCUUCCUACAUUUUUAUUUCACGGUUAAAUGUUGAUUAGUGGUAAGUCCCUACUAUUGGUGGUUGUGGUUGAAUGGUGUCUUCUUAGUUUGUCUUGUAAUUUUAUCCUUAAAAAAGUUGUAAUGUUAAUGUCAAUUCAGUUUCUACUAGUCCUCAUUUUUGGUGAAUGGUGAUGAAUAUUAUUGUAAUGAU